AUACUAAUGUGAAAUCAACUCUAUAUAAAGUAGUAAUUACCAAGUCCACCAUCACCAAAUUUCUUCUUCUUUUCUCAUUUUUUUGUUUAUGAAUCAGCAUGGAGAAGAAAGGUUUUAAUGUUAGAUUGAUGCUACUUUUUCUGGGUUUAUGUUGCCUUAUGAUUUCUUCUGCUGCUGUUCCUAUAACAAAUAAGGGAAAUCUCAACUCAAACAAGGAAUUAUUCCCUUCUUCCGUCCAAGAUUUACUUGUUCAGGAUGUGGAAAAAUCAAUCGAAGCUGAGGAAAUGUUUGGGGAAUAUUUAGGACAUGAUUUCAAUGGAGAAAGGAUGCUAAUGGAAAUCACAGAUUAUGCACCAACUGGUGCCAGCCACAAGCAUGAUCCCUUUUCACCUCCACCCGAAAACAAAAAUACUCUAAAACUUUAAACCCUAAUUUGUUAAUCUUCUUAUCCAACAAUAGCCCUAUUUAUUGUUAAAAAUUAAAAGAAAAUCAAUAUUAAUAUUUUAUAAUUAAGAAA